UUAUACAAUUGGAAACGGAUAAAGCCGCAUGAGGCAGAGAAUAGAAGUGUGUUGAAACUUACAGACUGCUUUUAAGAGACGGACACUUGUGCUAGCAUUGCAUCCUGGUUUUCCCGCAUGGUUUGAAGGGGGGAGGAUAUGCAGAAGGAGUCAGAUAUCUUCCGAAACUCGAGCAGAGCUUUGCUGCGUCGCAGCGCACACACUAACCCUGAGCCCUCGCACAGCUGCGCUCAUACACAAACUUUCCGCGGCUCAUCGACUGUUACAGCAUUAUUACUGGAUGCACGGACACUGUGGAAAGCGGACACGGUUUCAGCUCCGUGAACUGUAUGAUAAAGCCCCGAAACAGAACUUUAGACACGCCAAGCCACCGCACUGAGCACGACUGAAAGCGUGCGUGUGGUGCACCAGCUCUCCUCAGGACUAUUAUCAGACUGAGUUUUCUUUGGCGACACGUUGGACUUGAGAGUGCACGCUCUCAGACCGCUGUAGCGAUGGUCCAGAAAACAAGCACCACGGAAAACCCCGAUGCGCUGUUUGCAGGGGACUCGUCCGAUUCCGGCGCGCUGGAUCUGGACAUGGCUUCUUCCCCGACCCCCGGCUCCACGGAGUCCGGCGCGGACAAGCUUAACCCCGGCUGGUGCAAAACCCCCAGCGGUCACAUCAAGAGACCAAUGAACGCGUUCAUGGUGUGGUCGCAAAUCGAGAGGCGCAAGAUUAUGGAGCAGUCGCCGGAUAUGCACAACGCGGAGAUCUCCAAGAGACUCGGCAAGCGCUGGAAGCUCCUCAAAGACAGCGACAAGAUCCCCUUCAUCCGAGAGGCGGAGCGCUUGCGGCUCAAGCACAUGGCAGACUACCCCGACUACAAGUACCGGCCGAGAAAAAAGGUGAAAUCGAGCGGCUCCAAGCCGAGCGAGAAGGGAGAGAAGAUCAGCGGGAGCAGCUGCGCCGCAGCCGGCUCCAAACCGGCCAAGAAGAGCGGCAGCUCCAGAUCCACGAGCAAGCCGCACAAAAUAGUCCUGGCCGGCGCCAAGGCAGCGUUCCCCGCGGAUCACCACUCUCUCUACAAAUCCAAGUCUGCGGCGGCUUCCAAGCAGAUUCCUGACAAGAAGGCAAAGCGGGUGUACAUUUUCGGGGGCGGCAGCGGCAUAAGCCCGUCCUCGGCAGCCGUGCCCGGCAGCCCGACGCUGAGCAGCUCCGCCGAGUCCAGCGACCCGCUGAGCCUGUACGAGGACGGAGCCAGCAGCGGCAAAGAGGGCGCCGAUUCCCCCAGCAGCGCGUCCUCGGACCGCCACCGGUAUACCGGCAUACGGGCGUCCUCGCCCGCUCCGUCCGCGUCGCACUCCUCCUCCUCUUCAUCGCAGUUCUCCUCUUCCUCCGACGAGGAGCUCGACGACGACAUGCUGGACGUUAACCCGAGCCCAGGCUUUGACAGCAUGUCCCUGGGAAGCAUCGGCUCGUCGGUGCUGGACAGAGACUUUGACAUGCACUUCGAGUCUGGGGCUUCUCAUUUCGAGUUCCCCGACUACUGCACGCCGGAGGUGAGCGAGAUGAUUUCUGGGGACUGGCUGGAGUCCACCAUUUCUAACUUGGUGUUCACGGCUCACGUGCUGAACUAGGGGAAAUGCGUCUGAGGAAGAACACUGAACACAAGGGAUAGCAGACAAGUGUGUUUGUUUGUAAAAUAAGCCACCGUGUGAAGGCUCCAGAAGCUACAACAGAAGCUGCGGUGCUUUGGUGAAACGCGGACAGGAUGGAAAAGCGAAGCCGCGCGUCAGACGCUUUGUCGCGGCAGGGCCGGAGUCAUUUCCCCGCGCUCGGAGCGAGAGGAAGAAAUUCAUAAGGAGUGCUUGAGAAAACAUGUUCUGAACUGGAAAACUGUGAUUGAUUUGCACGUACACGAAGGCGGGCUUUGGUCGUCUGUUUAAUCAUUUUUACUUCAAAAGAGACGUUUAUGAACUUUAACCAUUCGCCUUGUGGACUUGAUUGUUUAAAGAGGUACUGAAUUAUAGGCUGAUUUUCAGCACGGCGGAUUUAUUAACAAGGUGGGUUGACAAAAGGCAAGCCGUUUUUUUUUUUUUUACAUAAAGAAAAAGGAAAAAAAGAACGCAUGUUAUCUGUCCUCUCUUGUAUUGAGAUUUCUGUAAGACUGUCGAACAGUUAAACUAGCGUUAGGGUUAUUUAUAUGGAUAGAUGGCGCUAUGUUUGAUUUCCUACUCGCAGGAAAAAAAAAAAAAAAAUCACCAGCUGUUUUCAUUCUUAACUUCAGGAUUCAAACACAAGCUCAACUCUGUGCUGAACUUUAUAUACUACUUUCUACAAUUCAGGACCAAAACGCUUAAGUUUCCGAAGCUGUUAAGCAGAAAUGCUGUUAAUUUUGUCAUGGCUGUUUCCUUUUCUGUGUUCUGCAGAUGCCAUUUUUUAUAUGGAUGUAUUUAUAUACUGGCCAAACAGUUCGUCUUAUUUUUAUGUUCUUGUAAGAUCCCCCGCAUCUGUCUGUCUGUCUCCUUCUCCGAAGAAGGGCUAGAGUUUUAACCUUUGUUUUUUUAUAUUUAAAUGUAGACUUUUGACACUUAAAGAGAGGAAACGUUUGAUUAUUUUCUCAGUGUAUUUUUGUACAAAUAUAUAUAAAUGGGGGGGUGUCGAUCGGUGUUUUGGAUUUCCUAAUUUGAAGAGCCAGGUGGGUCGGUGUCUCUGAAUCGACCUCCUGUUUCAUGUUUACAGUCUCAAUCUGCAGGCGUCUUAAAGAGACACACACACACACACGCACACACGCACACUCUCACUCCCAAACCCAGUUCAAGCCAACAUGUGCUUCGUUUUUACAUUUUCUCUGAGCGUGCCGAAUUAAACCGAUUGUAGCUUUAAAACGAGCGAUUUUCUUGGCGUUUUAUAUCUUGAGAAACCACUGGAUGGAAAAUCGUUACACAUAUUCAAAUGGUCCAUUUGAGUUUCGCGACGAUUAUGUACUGCGUUCCUCAUUGUAUUUGAAUAUUUAAUCUUUUCUACUUGUCGGAUAAGUAUAGCUAAUUGUUUUAGUAUCUUAAGGCAUGGUGAAUAGAUUUGUAUUUCCGAUUCAGGUUUAUAGCUGUUGUGUUAAAAAAAAAAGAAAAGAAAAAAAAAAGCAUCUUUGUACAGCUGUAUCAUAGGCAAAAGAUUGUGUGUUUAUGUAUGUUGUUGCGCUUUAUCUCGACAGGCACUAUCUUUAUACAUCCUUGCGUAGCCUUUUCUUAAUUUCAAGAUGCUUGUUAAGGAUUUUUAUAUAUACAGUUGAAAUAUAUUAACUUUAUUUUCAUCCAUUCUGUGCAAUAUGCUGUGUAGAAAUCUUGUUUUGUCUAAUCAUGCCAUAACACAUGCCAGCUUAUCGUGUCAAGUCACUGCCUGUCAGAUUGUUCAUAUACUCCUGUACAGAACUUUUUCAUAAAGGAAAUAAACUCAGCUGGAACUGAACCCUAAACACUG